AUGAAUGCCCUCGAUAAUGUCCCUUUCAAAGUGCCCAAGGGUUUUGUGAUGGACACACAGCCUCUCCCCGCGCCGGAGCUCAGUGUUCCCGCCUGCAGGGAGAUUCUGCUAGGAUCUAUGCAUGACUUCAGUCUAGAAAGAAAAGCUCUCUUCUGGAUAGAGGCUGCCCUUCAGGGACCUAGCCCACAGCAGUGUGGUGACCUGGGGACAGCAUCAGCCCCUCCAGCCUGGCUUCUGCUGGUCAGCCCAGAAUAUGAGCUGGCACCUGUGCCAGCCCCGGUGGAAAGCCUGGAGGCCGGAGUUCAGGAGCCACCAGAGGAGGAAGACAAAGAGGAGGCCAAGGAAGAGGCCUCUGGUGCCAGUGAGGAAGAGCUGGACCACAGCCAUCUGCAGCCCGGCUCUCCAGGGAGCCCCAGCCAGAGUCCACGCCGCUGCUCGCUGGCCAGGCUGCGCAGCAUGAAGUCUGAGCUGGCCGGGGCCCGACGACGGCUGUCUGAGAGCAUGGCCACGUGUCCCCGUGCCCUCCUGCACCGCUUCCGUGGCCACUGCACACCAAGCCUGUGCCCAGAGGCCGCACCAUCCCCAGAUGCCACCUUCCAGCUCCCCAGCACCCCUGCACUGCCCCCACGACCCUCCACAGCUGGACCCAUGCCCCCGCUGAGGAGCCACAAGCCCACAAUGGCGUCCCUCAGCCCGUACACCUGCCUGCCACCUCUUAGGGAGACACCCCAGCCUCUCAACCCCCACAGAUCGCAUCCUGAUUCAUCAGCAGACCUGCUGUCUGCCCUGAGCCAAGAGGAGCAGGACCUCAUUGCGCCAGUGGUCGCCCUGGGUUACCCCCUGGGAAGGGCCAUCGUGGCUCUGCAAAAGACAGGGAGACAAAGCCUGAGCCAGUUUCUCGGCUACCUCAGUGCCCAGGAAAGGCUGCUGCGGCAGGGCUACCAGGAGGCCCUGGUCGAUGAGGCCUUGGAACUGUUCCAGUUCUCUGAGAGCCAGGCAGGGGAGUUCUUGCGCCUCUGGGAACAGUUCAGUGACAUGGGCUUCCAGCAGCAGCGGAUCAAGGAAGUGCUUCUGGUCCAUGGUAACCGUCGUGAGCAAGCGCUGGAGGAGCUGGUAGCCUGUGCUCAGUGACCGAUGAGGAAUCUGCAAUGCACUGGGCCACCAGGCCAGUGCCAGACCUGGCAGUCCAUCCUGGUAUUAAUUCAAACCAAACAAGACUAGUGAAGCAGUGCAUGCUGGGAAGUGGGGAACGUGUAUACCAACCAACUCAGCUGGAAGAGUUGAAGGCAUUGCCUUGGGUCUGGCAAGAACGGUGCAUUUUCAUACAAGCCUAGAAAAGCACCUGCAGCUGACUCUUGAAACGGUGUGCAUUCAUCAUUUUGAUUCUGAGAAAAGUAAAU